AUGGCGUCUCUCAACGCAACAGUUUACGAUUAUGUUGUGGUCGGAUCAGGACCGGGAGGUGGGCCUACGGCAGCAAACCUCGCCGUCGCAGGAUACAAGGUUCUUCUCAUCGAUGCCGGAGGUGACGAGGGCGACAACCUGUUCGAGACAGUACCGGUGCUAUUCCCCCGCGCUACCGAUGAUUUUCCAGCGACGCAGUGGAACUAUUUCGUCACGCGCAGUUCCGAUCCAGUCACGCAGGCCAAGGACGCCAUCACAUCCUACCUGCUCUCCAAUGGCAGCCUAUAUACCGGUCUUGACCCGCCAGAAAAUGCUACUGCUAUCGGCACGCUCUAUCCACGUGCCGGAACCCUAGGUGGCUGCUCUCGACACAAUGCCCUCAUUACCAUCCGGGCAUUUGAUAGCGACUGGGAAGCCGUGGCGGAUCUGACCGGCGACACGAGCUGGAACGGGAGCACGUUCGAGAGGCUUUUCGAGGAAAUAGAGCACUGCAAUUACCUUCCCAACAGUGUUGUCGGUCACGGAUUUGCUGGAUGGCUUUGGACGGAGCUGACGUCGCUCGUGACGGCGGUUCAGGACCUGAAGGUUGUGAGCAUCAUCGUCUCGGCUGCCUCAGCUAUGGGCGAGAGCCUCACCGGCAUCCUUGUUGAGACAGUGGCUGGACUUGCAGAAAUCCUGGCAAAGGAUAUCAACGCGCCGGGGCCAACGAUCACCACGGGCCCCUAUCAGAUCCCGCUAUCCAUGAAGGACUCGACUCGCAAUGGUGCUAGGGAUUGGAUCUUGCAGGUCGCAAAUGCAGUGGAUGACAAUGGUGCAAGGACAUACCAUUUGGACAUCAAGCUCAAUACCCUCGUGACCAAGAUCAACUUUGACAACUCAACAGGUGACCUGCGUGCCACCGGUGUUGAGUAUCUUGAGGGUCAAUCGCUGUAUCGUGCCGACCCACGCUGGCAAGACGCGACAGUCGAGGGCUCAGGAGUCGUCAAUGUGGCCAGAGAAGUCAUUAUCGCCGCAGGCGCCUUUAACACGCCGCAAAUCUUGAAGCUCAGCGGCAUAGGCCCUGCCGACGAGCUUGCCGAGUUCGGUAUCGAGCAGCUUGUCGAUCUUCCGGUUGGUAACAACUUGCGUGACCAUAUCGAGGUUUCUGUCAUCUCCGAAUCGACAUCCAACUUCACCCUGGAGGAUGGCUGCACUUUCAUGUAUGGCUACCCCGAGGUCCCUGACCCGUGUCUGGAAAGAUACCUCCAAGGCGUCGACGCAACGGCAAAAGGCGUGUACGCUACCAGCGGCGAGGCAGUGGGGGUUGUCAUAAAGUCCUCGGCAGCGUCAGGCGACGACGCUGAUAUCAUGGUGUACGGCGCGCCUGCUGGCUUUCCUGGUUUCUUCCCCGGCUGGGCCAAGCAUGCCCUCGACUCGGACCACAUGCGCUGGACGUGGAUCAGCCUGAAGGCUUCCACGCAGAACACAGCCGGGACGGUCAAGCUGCGUUCCUCUGACCCACGAGACGUGCCCGUGAUCGCGUUCAACACCUUCGAUGGCUCCAGUGACGCCGCCGUGCAGGACCUCCAGGCUUCGUACGAGGGCAUCGCGUUUGCCAGGCGCGCCAUGGACGACCUGAUCCCACUCGAUGGCUCCUUCACGGAGACGCAGCCAGGGAGGGCUAAUGUCAGCACAGAGGAUGAGAUCAAGGAGUACGUCUCAACUAACUCUUUCGGUCAUCAUGCAUGCUGCACAGCUCCAAUUGGGACAGUGCUGGAUUCCAGAUUCGGAGUGAAAGGGACGCAGGGUCUUCGCGUGGUGGAUGCCAGUGCCUUUCCAGUCAUCCCUGGGUUCUUCAUCCAGCUGCCGACAUAUCUACUGUCGUCAAAGGCAAGCGAGGCCAUCCUCGAGGACGCCUCGAAAUUGAGCAGUUAA